UUCCAGCGUUAUACAAGCGGAUGGAUAUGACUUGACAUUGACAUUGUUAACUUCUAGAACUUAUUUACGGACAUGUGUAUAUUUCAAAAGUGAGAAGGAUAUAUUAGCAACGUUACAUAAAGAUGGCGAAGCCCCUCAAGGUUUGUGUCUGCGGCGGUGGGAAGAGCGCACAUGUCAUAACUGCACUGGCCGCCUCCAAUCCAGAUAUGGAGGUUUCGGUACUUACCAUGUACAAAGACGAGGCGGAGAUGUGGACAAAAGCCAUCGAGAAAGAUGACAUGGUCCUCACCAUUCAUGGUUCGAACGGGGUCUCAAGAGACGUCAAGGCUAAGCCAGCUCAGAUAUCAAAGGAAGCUAAAGACGUGGUUCCGGGUAGUGAUAUGGUACUAUUUACCGUCGCUGCUUUCGCGCAUGAAGAAUACAUGAAAGCGAUUGCUGGACUCAUUGACAAGAAAACCGUACUUAUAGGAUUCCCGGGACAAGCCGGCUUUGAGUAUCUUUGUAAAAGUUACCUAAGUGAUGAGUUACGGGAGCAAGUUACUGUUAUGUCUUUUGAGAUGUCGCCUUGGGUUUGUGAGGUCACCGAAUACGGAAAGAAAGUUGAGGUGACGAGAACGUCAAAGUCUCUGGAUGGAUCUAUUUUAAGGGGCAAGGCCAUCCCAAGGAAACCCGCGCUGAUGAGUCUUCAAAUGGUCGUCGGUAACGUUCCAAUGUUGAAACAAGUUCGCCACUUCCUAGAGGUACUUUUUACGUCCUACUCUUUUAUGCAUCCAGCGAUUAUGUACGGUAGAUGGAAGGAUUGGGAUGGGAAGUACAUGGAUACAGAGCCUUUGUUUUAUGAGGGAGUGGACGAGUCUACGGCCGAUCUUAUUGAGAGUUGCAGCAAGGAAUAUCAAAGUGUUGCCCAUGCUAUAACUGGUCAAAAACCAGAGAUAGACCUAACUGAACUUCCAGAUAUUAUUAACUGGAUACUAAAAUUCUACGAGGGAGAAAUAGAAGACGGUUCAAGUCUUCUGAAAGCGAUUACGACGAACAGCGUAUACAAAGGUGUUAAACACAUCAUGCAGAAGGACAGAUCGAAGUUCAAGCCGGAUUUAACAUGCAGAUACCUGUCAGAGGACAUUCCGUGUGGCAUGUUGGUAGUUAAAGGUAUUGCUGAAAUUCUCGGAGUAGAGACUCCUUCAUGCGACAUGCUGAUCGGUUGGGGACAGGAAAAAUUAAAAAAGAAUUACCUUGUUGAUGGCAAAGUGACUGGUGAGCAUGUAAAGGAAACAAGAGCCCCGCAAAGAUUUGGCUUUACUUCACUUGAAGAAAUUCUCUCCGGAAAGAAAUCCGAGUGUUAACGAUAUUAAAAAACAAUACAUAUGCAUUAUGUGUAAGAAGUUGACAGACCAAUCAAGUGUUAACAUUCCCAGAUUAUAUCGAUAAAAAUGAUCCAGUAAAAAAAGACUGGAAAAUGUAAAUUCCACUGAAAUUGCGCUGGAUUUACGAUUACAUUGUUCAAGGUAUCCGAUGAACCAGUUUACGGUUUUUAAUUGCCCUGGGACGCUUCUUUAUCUUGGAAUCAUUUGGAAGAUUAUGUAAAAGUCAUACCGAAACAAAUAUUUCAAACAAGAUUUUCGGCCUUAAAAUCUUGCAAAAUUGGUAAUUUCAUGUCCCCUUUGAGUUGAAAUAAAAAAGCCAACUGCAAUAACUAAAUCUAGAUUGUGUGUCCAAUCAUUCGGGUUAGAUAUUACUCAUCAGAACUAUCAAUUUUAAAAUAAUGCUAACAUUAUAUUUGGUCACCUGGGUUCCGUUUCAAUAAUAAUGACUGUACGGCUUAAAGAUGGUAACUUUAUACCAGGUAUGCUUUAUUCCGUUUUUGUGGUGAAUGCGUUACAAUAAAAAAUAUCGUCGGGGCAUUUAAAGCAUAUAUUCUGCCCGUAAGCAGCGCAAGUUUUACAACUAAGAUAUCCUAUUGAAAUGUAGCCCUGGCAUCCACAUUUAAUAUCCCGGCCAAUGAUAAAACGACAAUAUCGUACAUAGGAUACCUUGAUAUUUCUCGUAUCUAGCUAUUAUUGCACCAUUGUUGGUACAUGUAUAAGAGAACAUUAAUAGCGACAUUAAUGGCAUGUCAUCUCUUGUCAGAUAUUUAAACACAUGGUAACAAUCAUAAGUUGAUGUAGGUAAGGUCUUCGUUAACACCGGGAGCAAGUAACAUGUUUAGUAUUAGCUUUGUCAUGUCGUAAGCUAACGCUUCUAUUGCUGUUUGUAAUUUUGCUCAUGAUGCGGUGUGGCAAUAAUCAGAAAUAAAACAGUACAUGAAAUGAUUUGAAAGUAACCCUGAUUUCGUAUUCUAAAUACACGUUUGCCUUUUGCAUUUGCACCCUGAUGUUUUCAUGCCUGUUAUUGUUGUUUGAGUGAAAUGUUUUAAUGUUUUCUAAUAAACACUAUUAAAAUAAA